UUAGGAUGCCAAUUGAAGCAUUUUUGAGUUCGGGGGCAAAUUGAACAAUCCUGAAAGGUACAUGGACUUAUUUGACCCUUUAGCCUUUUUUCAAACAUACCCUUGGGUUGUGUGAGGGUGAACUCAUAACAUACGUUUUUCUCUCUUUCAAACAUACCUCUAGGUUGUGUCCGGGUGGAUACAUAAGGGACGUAGAGUUGUCUAUGAAUGUAUAACCCUCAAUUAAGGUUAAGGAAGUCAAACCCCCAAAUUUAGGCCAAUUUUAUAACUUUACCAUCUAAUCUGCACAAAAUAAAGAGUCGGGAGAUUUUAAAAGUAUACGACAAUCGCAGCCGUUUUUGAAUUUAAAAAAUCGUUUUUCCUUCUAGUCUAGACCUGAUUAAAUUAUGAGCAAGGAAAAAAAGGUCCUUUUUGUUAUUGAUAGACAAGGGAAAUACAUAAACGAGUAAAUCACGUUCCGAGUAAAGUUUGCUUUCCGAAAGUUUUCAAGUAACUGCCCUCUUUGGUUCAGUCAACGUUAUUAGAAAUAAGAAAAGAAUCAGGUAGACGGAGUAAUGAAUACGGCAACGCUGCUGCGAACAUUCAUACCUUAAUUGAGGAUUAAAGGUGACUGUUUGGCCAUAACUCACGGAAUGGCACCGUUUUUAAUACUAUAUAAGCACAUCCAUGGGAAACUGCAAAAAACGCAGCAGUUUGAUCGAUUUGAUGAAGAACACUAAUGAUAGCAGAUUGAUGAACAAGUGUCGUCUUUCAUCAUUGGGGCUCUUUCUGGGGCUUCAACUUCUUGUUUUUGCUUCUCUGUGCUGUACUAAUGAAGCCGUCGCGACCGCCCCACCAACGCUCAAUUUCGCCGACUGCCUCUCGGCCCCCAAUAAUGCUCAAAUUAAGCCAAUCCCAAAAGGCGACGUCUCUAAGAUUGUUUACCAGCAAAACAAUGCUAAUCCCACAUUCACAUCCGUUUUAGAUGAUUACGUGAGGAAUCUCCGGUACAACACCACCUCCACUCCUAAACCCGCCAUGAUCGUGACCCCAUUGACGGAAGACCAAGUUCCGGCAGUGGUUGUGUGCGCGAAGGCCUCCGGAAUCGAGAUGAGAAUCCGGAGCGGCGGACAUGACUACGAGGGGGUCUCUUAUGUCUCCUAUGCUAAGACGUUUAUGAUUCUGGACAUGUUCAAUCUCCGGUCAGUCGAUGUCACUAUUGACCAGAAGGGAGCGGGGUCGGCGUGGGUAAAAGCCGGAGCUUACCUCGGGGAGCUUUACUACAGGAUCUCGGAGAAGAGCCGCGUGCACGGAUUCCCCGCCGGUGUCUGCCCAACCGUGGCCGUGGGUGGGCACUUGAGCGGCGCCGGGUACGGGAACAUGCUCCGGCAGUACGGGGUGUCGGUUGAUCACGUGGUGGACGCACGUAUAGUGAACGCGAACGGGGAGAUUCUAGACCGGAAAGGCAUGGGAGAUGAUCUGUUCUGGGCCAUCCGAGGCGGCGGCGGCGCGAGUUUCGGAGUAAUCCUGGCAUACAAAAUCGAACUGGUUGCUGUCCCGGAGAAGGUGACGUAUUUCCGAGUGGAGAAGAUGGUGGAGGAAAACGGGACGGCCGUGGUGAUAGAGUUCCAGAAGGCGGUGAGGAGCAUGGACAGCCGGCUCUUCGUCCGCCUCCUGGUGCAGCCAAGUACUACGGCGAAUAAGAACAAGACGGUCAAAAUCACGGCCAUCGCGUUGUUCCUGGGGAACAAGAUCGAGGCGGUGAAGGAGGCGAAGAAGGAAUUGCCGUCUCUGGGACUGAAUGAGACGGAGUGCGUGGAAAUGAGCUGGAUCGAGUCGGUUGUGAAAUGGGCGAAUUUCAAAGACAACGCCGCAGAACCCCAGGACCUGCUGAGCAGAGUCCCGGAGGACCCAAUAAAGUACGGGAAGAGGAAAUCUGAUUACGUGGAGACGGCGAUACCCGAAGAGGGGCUGCGGACGCUGUGGAAUAAAAUUCAGGGGGGGGAGGUGGGGAUGGUGUUCAACUCCUACGGCGGGAAACUGACGGAAACCUCAGACAACGCGACGGCGUUCCCUCACCGGUCCAACACUCUGUUCAAAAUCCAAUACUCCGUAUCCUGGGAAAAUGGAACCGACACGGAGGCGAACCUGAAGCAAGCCAAGGAUCUGUACCAGUUCAUGACCCCAUACGUGGCCAAUCCUCGACGGGCGUACCUGAACUACAGAGAUCUGGACAUCGGCACCAACCAGAAGCAGCAAUCCGAUGUGUUCGGCUCCAUGUACUUCCGUGACAACUUCAAGAAGCUGGUCCAGAUCAAGAAGCAGGUCGACCCUCAGAACUUCUUCAGAUAUGAACAGAGCAUCCCGCUAUCUGCUACCCACUGAUAAUGAUUCCACUUCCACUUAUUUUUGUUUCUUUCAUACACAUCACACAUGUAUUUGUUUAUCGGAUUGGAUGCCAUUUCCCCAUGCUACAUCUUCUUCUACACCUAAUUACGCUACCCCACAAAAUGUUUUUUGUUAUACAAUGUGCUCAAUUAUUACGGUUGAAUAUAUAUACACGUG